AGAGGCGGCGUCUUUCCUUGGGUAUUCGUGAUAAGUAUAUUUGUUGAUUCAUAAAACGUCAGUCCCCAGUGAGGACUGCAAAUAUUUUGCAACUGGGGCCAAACCCACCAUAAGACUGAGAGAAUCAUCGGUAGGUGGACUUCCCGCACAGUGCACCAUUCGGCAAAGUGAAAGAACCCAUAAGCUAGAACGAUGCCUGUGGAACAUUGAGGGGCUGGCAGAGAGGAAUUUUAUACCUUUUGGUGCUUCUACAUUUGCCUGGAGACCGGUUUGUGUGGCGUGUCGCUUCUCUAUAAACAACCAUAUAUCUAAACUUUUUCUAGGCGUUUGAGCUGAUUACUACACUCUGCUUUAAUUGCGGUUAGCGGCGUACUCUGCAUCCGGCUCCAGCUUUAUCGCUGCAACCACGGACGUGGACCAAGUACGUGCUGUAUAACGAGGAAAAUGCGUUUAUCGCCUAAGCUUUGUGCAAGCCUGGCCGGUCGUGUUGCAUUGGUAACAGGAUCCACCAGUGGUAUUGGCUUGGGGAUUGCAGAGAGUCUAGCCAAAAGAGGAUGUGAUGUCAUCUUACAUGGAUUGUGUGGACCUGGGGAAAUGAUAAAUUCCAAAACUGUUAUUGAAGGUCAUAAAGUUCGGACUCAUUUUGAAGAUCAUGACCUUUCUGAUGCUUCUGAAGUCUAUAAGAUGGCUGAUUCAAUCGUUAAGGCAUUUCCCAAUGGCAUAGACAUCCUUGUAAACAAUGCAGGGUUCCAGAGUGUGAGUGAAGUGACCUCAUUUUCUGUGGAGAUCUGGCAGAAAAUGCUGGGUGUUCACCUUACUGCCCCCUUUCUCUUGGCAAAACAAUUUCUGCCUUCCAUGAUAUCUAAAGGUUGGGGUCGAAUCAUAAAUGUCUCAUCUGUUCAUGGACUGGUAGCAUCUCCAUACAAAGCUGCUUAUGUCAGUGCUAAGCAUGGGCUAGUUGGAUUCACAAAAGUAGUCGCACUAGAGACAGCUGGAACAGGAGUAACUUGCAAUGCCAUUUGUCCUGGAUGGGUUGAGACACCAUUGUUCAUCAAACAGGUUGAAGCAAAGAGUAAAGAACAGAAUAUUUCCUUUGAAGAAGCGAAGCGUCAGAUGGUCAACAGUCAUGCCACACAGGAACCAGUGAAAGUGGAGCAUAUUGGAGAAUUGGUGGCAUUCACAUGUUCCCCAGCGUCUGAUCAAAUCACUGGCUCAUGUCUUGUUAUUGAUGGGGGCUGGACAGCACGUUAGUUACCUGAACUUCAUUUCAGCCCACUGUAGACCAAUAACCAGUCUAUCAAUAUAUUCAGGAUCAGUCUGGCAUGGACUGCAUAUCCAUUUGCAUUUCCUUUCCCAUUUAUAAAUUGACCACAUUAUAUAGCCAAAUUAGAAUAUAGGUGUAGUUUUAUUGCUGCUAAUGUAAAAGGACAGCAUAGUGUUUCUAGGCAAUGCACUUAAAAUGUAUUUUUUAAAGAGCAAUGAAAAAGAUGUAUUUUUUAAAAGUUUUAAUAAAGUUUUUCGGUCACAGUUUUUACAAAGUUAUUAUUGGCAGAAAUAGCCAUCCUUGUUGAAUAAAAUAUCUCUAUGUUUACUAUGUUAAUUUGACUGAAAUAUAAAUAUAUUUGCUGGUAACUUGUGCAUUUUUUCAUAGCAUGAUAGGAUUUAUUCAUUUAGGAUAUAGGAUUUAGAGACUUUCAGUGCUAUUACAGGUUUAUGCAAUUUGAUUGAAACGGUGCUCACACUUUUUUAAAAUAGCUCUGACACAAAUUAUACUGAAUGUAGGGAUAUAUAAAAAUAGUUAUAUAUUUUAUUUUAUGGUAAAAGUGUGAGGCAACUUAUUGUUAUUAGAUGUUAAAGUUCUUACGCACAUUUUGAGUGCAUGUCAGGUGCAUUGCUGGAAAUGCUAAUUGCAGUACAAAACUGAUCGACAAUGUGAUUAGUAAAAUAUGAGUUAUCAGGUAGAUGGAUUUUUUCAUUAUAUUUUUUCUAACUUCAGUGUUAAUUGAUUUAUGGGUAAAUUUUCACCCACUGUGCCAAAAUGAUCUUCAAUGUGUGCAAUAUAUAAUAAUUUUAUAAUUGGUGUGAGCCGUAUACUUAUUUCAGCAUUAUUAAAAUCUAAAUAAAUUGACGUGGCAGUCCAA